GUUAUAGUCAUAGGUAAUAUUAUUUGAAUGGAUUUAAUUUGUACUAAUUAGGUGUAGUAGUUCUAAUAAUUUGUUUAGUAACGUUCAGAUGUUUUCAUUCUUAUUAAUAUUGUCAGUAAAUGCGACAAAAGUAAAAAUGACAGAUAUUCUUGAUAUAAGCGGUUCUGUUGACUUCAGCAUUGAAGAUGAAGGAGAAAAAGGAAUUUUGAAACUCAAGAAAGGUGCUCUAAGACGUAAAGGUCGAGGAUUUGAAAGCAGGAGCCCAACAAAAUUGGUUAAAGAAAAGUACGACUUCAUCAACAGUGAAGACUCAGAUGACAGGAGUGGACCCCAAAAAUCUGUGGAGGGGUGGAUACUUUUCGUUACCUCAAUUCACGAGGAAUCAUCCGAGGAAGAUAUAUACGAAAGAUUUUCCGAAUAUGGAACCAUAAAAAACGUUGCAUUAAAUUUGGACAGACGCACCGGUUUCUUAAAAGGUUAUGCAUUAAUUGAGUAUGAGACCUUUGAAGAAGCGUAUUCUGCUCGUGAAGCUUUAGACAAAUCAGACUUUUUGGGGCAAGCCAUAGGCGUUAAUUGGUGCUUCGUUAAAGGCCCAAAACGUAGCACCAAAAAGAGACGUCACUGACUAAAGAAGUCGCAGUUUUGCUUCAUUUAUAACUUUCAUAAUGUAGCAGCGAAGAACUGAUUUGUGCUCUGUUUUUACGAUUAACAUUUUGUAUCUCACAUGUUGGUUGAAAUAAUUGAACACAACUAAAAAGUCUGUUUGAACUAAGUGGUUUAUAUGAACUAAUGCUGUUACAACAAAAAAUGACAGAUGGCGCUCUAAGUAUUUCUAUUUAUCGUUUUUAAUAUGGUUUUUAUUUCUGUAAUAAAUUUGUCUUAAAAAGAGUUAAGCGUUUUCUAAAAUGAAUAUUAUUGUUUUUCCAAUAGUCUUUUUUAGGAAAAAUCGGUUAUUUGACUCUUCGAUGUGCUAACAAUACUUUAUAAUUAAUCAGGCUAUAAUGAUAGGUAAAAACGUGUUUAUCUUUGCAGUGUAUUUCGUUUUUUGUUUACUUAUCAUGGAUCUUUAGGAAACAGAGAAACAUUAAUUACAAAAGAAGGGAUAAUCUGAAGGAUAUUGAUAAUAAAUUAACUCCUAAGCACUCAUCAGGAACUCAACUCCAAACAGAAACUGUGCAUGAAUUUUGUUUUCACCAUGGGUUCAUCCAGGGCAUGAAGUGGUUUGCUGAAGGAUGAGUUUGUGGCAUGUAAUUGCUUACUUUUUGGACUCAUUAGGAGUUGUACGACUAGAAGGUAAAAAAAAUCCUGUAAGAAUAUGUUUAGGGCUUCAAUUGGGUCAUUAUACGAUUCCAAACAAUAAUAGUUUCAUAAUGUAACUUUCAAUUUUCAAAAAAUUUGAUUAUUGCAACAAUUGUUUCACCACACAGUGGCCUUGCUUAAUGUUCCUAGUAUUAUUUUAGAGUAUAAACAAAAUUGGCAUUGUAUAUGGUUUGAUAAAUUCAAAUAUAAUUUGUGAAUACUCAUAGGCAAAUUGAUCUACAACGGUGUAUAUGGUUGCAUAUGCAUUUUCUUGUUUUUAAUUUUUUCGUGUCUGCUUCUCGGUUAUUUUCUUAACAAUUUGUCUGGUGUGAAUUCAACACCAGAUAUAAACAAACAUUUGAUUUGAACUAAACCAAUACAUUUUGUGCGUCGCUUAUGAUCUCUAAAUAUGUACACCGUAAUUGUGUGUUUAUUAGAUUUAUUUAAAAACAGGAAAAUUGUUUCUGGUGCUAGGUGAAAUUCGAAUUAUGAUAAUUUUAUUGACGCCGGUCGACUAUGACUGAGAUUUUUUCGUAAGCAUAGUUUAUCUAUAUUAUUUAUUCGAAAUAAUAGUUAAAUUAAAUUUAAAGGGUAUUCGCAUUAGAUCAAAGAUCGAAUUUAUAUGUCAUAGAUUAGAUAUAAAUCUUUACUUUAUGUAUGAUUAGUCAUUUUAAUUGAGGUUUGAGGUUGUUUAUACAUAUAAACUAUGGAAUUAGUUAAAAAAAUAGCUGUUUGAGAGAUGAGGUCAAAUAAGAUCCAAAUAGGGAGCCACGUCUGGUAGUUUUAAUAAAUAACUGACUAAGAACUUGAUCCGUUCAUAAAAACUGAUACAAGAAAAUGCAUGUAAAGUUUUUAUUGAAAUAUCCCUGAAAUUACAACUUCAUGAAGUAGUUUUUCUUCCAUUUUCGACAUGAAGACUUAUAAAUACACAUAAGAUUAGUCGUGUGAAUCUGGAACUCUAUAUGAAUAAUCCUCUGAUUUAAACUUUACGAAUAAAUUGUGCGUCAUUUGCGGGUUCUAAAUAUG